AUGAAAUCCGCUGUCGUUUCUCCCGCCGCCACUUCUUCCGCGGUAAUGGCGGGGAGCAGAAAGCCCGAACGGCACAAGGUCGUCAUCCCUCGCUUCUUUGGGCUCUUUUGAUGCUCUUGAAGCUUUCUCCCUCUUGAUAAUUUGGCAUUUCCCUGUUCAUCAGAAUUGUGGUAGAGAUGUUAGUUGAAUGUGACAAGUUUGUCUCAGCAUCGUGGUAGCUUCUAUUUUCUACCUUCCAAAUCAAAGAAUAAUUGAGCUUCCAAUUAAUAAAUAACGGGAUUUAUCCGUAAUCCUCUUCAUGGUUCUGAAGGAUGAAUGUGUUCGCAAGUCCAGUUGGUCUAUAAUAUGACAGCAAUGGUGGACUCGGUGAGCAUGUCGGCAGUCCAGUUUCUUGACGGGGUGACUUGCGAACUCAACGUAGGAUAUCUCCAUUUUUUUCGCAUCAAAACUGUUCAACAGACUCUCUGGAUGUCUGGAUUGGUAAAUCUGUAGACAAUUUAGCAGGUGAAUCACUGAAAUGUGAAUUCAUUCUGUAUGUUGGAGAUUUCCGUUAGGUUAGUUUUGUAAUGCAUCGAAAGACUCUUUUCAUUGCUGCAGCCUUCACCUGAUUGCUAUAUAUAUAUCGGAGGAGAACUCUACACCCUUUUUCUAGCCAGGCUGGCACAAAAGAUGAGCGUAAGGGGGGAAAAAAAACUUAACGUCGUAUAUAUAUGGUAACUAAAGGUCCUUGUUUAGUCCCUGCUUGUAUUUACUCCACAAUUCUAACGGAUAAAUACAAUUCCUGAUUUUUUUUUUCUUUCUUUUCUCACUAGUAUUGCGUCUUUGACGAGAUUAGUAACUGCCUUGGUAAUCACUCAGGUGCCUCCAGAUGGGUUUAUCCCAUCCGACAAGGAGAGUGGUGCUUUAAGGGGGACAUCUUUACCGUUAUUUCUUAGAGAAUGAGAACGACAAAGAAGUAGAUAUUGAACAAAGCAACAGGAAUUAUUAAUGAUCUAUGGAUGCCCAGAUAUUUCCUUUUGUCUCAUGUACCAUAUUUUACAUGUCUUGAUUUGUUUGAUUUUUUUUCCAUUGGUCAGCGUAAGUUUUUAAUCCGCCACAUAUAUUCUAGUCGAAUUAGACAGAAGUGAAUGCAAAUCGCCCCUUUUAGGUCAAGGACUUGAGACUUGGGUAAUUUCAGUUCCCUCCCUCCAAAUUUCCAUGGUUAUGUUGUCAUUGUGUAAUAGAAUUUGUGCUUUCAGGGUUCCGAUCAGGCACCUGCUAGGAUCACAUCAAAUGUGAAGCAGAACUUGCAACUGCUAAAAUUGUGGAAAGUAAGUGACAGAGGAUGUGUUCAGAUAUAUGGAUUGGCAGCAUAAUUCUUCAGAUUGCACUCCUAAUGUUAUCCAUUCUUGCACAUAUGCAUACUAAUGUAUGCUAUGGUUCUAAACAAUUUGUAAAACAUUCAUGACAUGGAUAAUUACUCGGAGAGUCUCUUUUCGGUUAUUUUAAAUUAUCACUUGGUUUAAACCUUUGGAAUAGAUGGUGCAUGUCUUUAAUUUGAAUUUUUUUUUCACCUUUAAUUCAAAGGUUUAAUUUGUGCUUACUUUUUUGUCUUAGACCAGUGGGAUUUUUGUUUUUUCAGGGUUUGCCUGAUAGUUUCCCUGGAUUUGUGCUAUAGAUGCCAUUAUAUCCUGGGUAUAUUUAUAUGCUCUAUGUUGGAAACUCUUUAGGAGUAUCAGAAGCAGAAGUUUGGGGCGCCAAAGCCUGCCACUAGUUAUCGCAAGAAGAAGGUUGUGAAAGAGAAGCUUCCAGAGGAUACAGACCUCUAUGAAGAUCCCACCUUGAAUCUCUACUAGUGGGGUUCUAAUCUUUGAUCACUAUUACAGUGUUUAUUGGUUUCAAUGAACCUUAUAGGCACCAUGCUCAAAGUUUUAUUUUCAUAGUUUUUUGUUGUUUUUUUUUAUAGUACUAAUCAGGGUCUGGAGUCUGCUGUCCCUGUGCUACUUGUUGACGGAUACAAUGUAUGUGGCUAUUGGCCGAAGCUGAAAAAGCAUUUCAUGAAAGGAAGGUUGGAUGUUGCCCGACAGAAGCUCCUUGAUGAAUUGAUAGGAUUUAGUGUCCUAAAAGGUUUGUCAUAUCUCUACUUGUAUUAUUUUAGCUAGUAUCCUGUAUAUUUUGGGGCCUGCAUUUCAAUUAACAAAAAAGUGCCUCCUUGUCCCACGUUUGGGCAUUUAUUUUAUUUUACGCCGCAAGUACUAUCAUAAAUUGUUUCACAAUUUUUUUACCCAACCUGUCUUUAUGGUUUGUGAAUUUUAAAGAUUUAGUUGAUUGUUAACAAUCUUUUAUGAGUGUCCCCUUCUAUUCCGUACAAUGGAGAUUUGUUACAUAACUUUUCCCACUACGCCUGUGUGCAUUUUAUUUAGCCUUCUCCCCCUGCUUUUGUGCAUAUUUUACUUUAUAUUUUACGAAAUAUUUACUCCUAUUCUUUACAUGUAAUUUUAGGCAUCUCUGUUUGUAGGAACCACCACUGGCCAAUAAGCUUUUCAUUGGGCUUGCCAUCCUCUAAAGGUAGUCCACUCUCUGGAAAAUGAUUUAUGCUGGGACUUUUGACGUAACAAAUGGAGAGUUGGGGGAGUUGAUAUCAUGUCGACAGAGGAUCAGAAAACUUUUGUUCAGAUCUUCCAGAUAUAGUCAGUCCUAGUUGACCCUACGGUGUUGGGAUGAGGUUUUAUGAAUACGGUGUUGAGAUUUUACUAUCGUGUUUGGUAAGGUUAAAAAUUUAAAAAUGGGGUUAAACGUGGGUCAGAACUGGCUGAACUUGACUAAGACCAGGCGAAUUUAGUUAUAUUUUUGGAUGUGCUUUGUAAGAGGAACCUUACUGAUUAUGAUUCUUCUUGGGGCUUUAAAUCAGUUAUUGAGGCGUGGCCACUAUACCAUCCUUCAAGUCAAAGUUUCGCUAGGAGUUUAUUGAAGUAGUUUAUUGAAAUUGUUGAAGAAGAUAUGGACAAGGGAUGAGUGUCUUUUUCGUAACUUCUUUGAGCUGGGAAUGGCAUAUAAUAUGGGAUUGGUCAUCAGGCACGUUUAAACAAACGGAUCCGCUAACUCUGAUCACAUGAUAUCAUAAUUCAGAAUCUUUCAGAAUUGGAAGACUGAGAGUUACAAAUGAGAGAUACUGUCAUACUAUAAUUUAAUCCUCGAUCUACAUACUACUAAUUUUGUAUCACAAAGAUCUAUGCAAAGAUCCUCAAAAUCAUGUUUAUAUGAUACUUGUGAAUAAAAAGUAGCUAGUGAAGUAUCUAUUCAUCUUCUGUUAGAGAAUACUUCGUUCCAGGAAUUCUGGAUAAUCCUGGUUUUUCUUCCUGAGGAAGAAGUAGAAUUCAGUAUUGUGGUAGCAGAGCAUUAUGAUUGUGAGAGUCAGUCACAAUGAUUUUUUCUCGUUUUAUAUGUCAUGUGCUUGAAUAGCUUUGUCUUAGAUUGAAACUGAUUUGAAGGGAUUAGUUCAUUGCGUUUAUGAUGAAAACAGGAUUAGGCGGAGAGACUGGCAUGUUACCAACAAAUACUUCCCUUCACUGAACUCAACUUACCGUUGUUUUACUAAUUUAUUUUCACUGGAUACGGGGAGUUUGAUCAGUUUAGUUGAGUGUGGGACUAGGCCUCCUACCGUCUCAAUCUUGACCGACUGGAAAUGAGAUCCUGUUACAGUGUAUUUGACUGUAGCAUUAUGUUGUGUAUUUCAAUGACAUUGAGGCAAUGCCUUCGUAAUAGGACAGAAAAGCCGAAAUAAGAGGUUAUAAACAUCACAGUGGGGGUUAUAAGAAAUUAUAAGAAUACUAUCCUGAUUACGGAGGGAAGGCUUGGCAGGGUGACGUGAUGAUUGCUCUCUCAUGGUUGAACUGUAAAACUUUUAUUCAUAUCUUUUGAUGUACGCACCUUUUUCCCCCCUCUCGGAUGAAGUUUUUGAGAAUCCCCUGGCUUGACCCCAUUUGAAAGGAAAAAUCAGAUGGGAGGCUUUCUGGCUCAGCAGCCGUCAGUAAAACUACCACCUCUUGGAUGCUGUUAGCGGAAAAAGACCCGCAAUAUGCGAAUUUUCUCUCUCCCGUAACUGUGAAAAAUCAUUAGAAACUUUAUCAUCUUUGAUGGUAAAAUACCGUUCCAGCUGUUUUUUCCAGAAUGGCAUAUCAUUCUGCAAUCUUCUUCUGACGUGAGACAAAGGAAUGUACAUAUGUAUGCUCGUGAUUUGUACCAUAUUUGUUUAACACAUCAAAUAAGGCUCAAGUAACCUGAAGAAGUGAACAGAAGGAUGAACUUUGGCAACCACUUAUUGUGUGCCUGUUGUGUGCGGCCUAUAAAAUGGCCUAUUGUAGUUUGUAUUCAUGUUUAAGCAUGUAUGAUAGUUCAAAAAAUUUCCAAUAUUCCUUGUCAAACUUGUGUGCACGUUGAAAGUUUGUAUAUAGAUUUACUGGUCCUUUGUGCAAAAUGUUGCCAAAAGAAAAUUUCGCACCUGACUAACAUAACCGCUCUGAUAAGUGAUGGGGAAAGAUGAAACCAAUGUGUAGUUUACGUUCAUGUAAAUUUUCCGUUCCAUUGGCAUUUCGCAAUUUUUUUUAAUCGAAACCAUGAUCAAGAAGAACGCCAAGAAAUCACUUCAAAUAAAGCCAUUAAUCUGUUAAUCCAGUACACGUCGUAUUGCAGUUGUGUUCUUCUCUUAGAGGGUCCAUUAGACUUCAUAACCGCAUUUUUUCUGUGGCUCUGGUUUUUGUACUUGUGUUGACCUUGAUAUCUGAUUUCAAAAUUAUAAUUAUGCAGAAGUAAAGGUAGUGGUCGUCUUUGAUGCCAUGUUGUCUGGGCUCCCAACUCACAAGGAAAAUUUCGCUGGGUAUGAUCUUGAAUUUUUCUAUGGUGUUCCCCGUCAUCUUGUGUUUCCUUCCCUUUUUACUGAAAAUUUUCUCCCUGGAUCGGAUAUGUUAGGUUCCUAUCUUAUUAUUCGGUUUCAAUUUAUGAGGUUCCAAUCCAAAUUAAUUUAGGGAAACUCGAGGAGCACUUGAAAGUUGAAAAAAAAUGCAGAAGACCGCUUGGACAUAACUUGGCCCAUCUCACUCGGACUAGUCAGUUCCAAGUCAUCAUUAUGGCCUUCCCUUUUAUGGCAAGGGGAAGGCCCAGAGAGACAAAGGAGAUGAAGAAGAGAAGAAGAGAAGAGGAAGAAACGGCUGCUGCUUUUAGGAAGAAGUGGAAAGGGGAUCUUGUUUGCAGCGUCAAAAAAACGUGAAAUAAAAAAACUGAACACAGAAACAUCAUCGUCUUCUGCUCAACACUGCCUUCCUUUGGCUACCUCCUAUUGUACCCACAUGCAACAACCCCCAUCUAUUUCUCCCCAAAAAGGGUAAGAAUUUUCUGGGAAAGGUAAAUAAGGAUUGACACUUUUAAACAGAUAGUUCGAAUUACUUCGUAACAUAAUUUCCUAUUAUAAAACUUUUUAGAUAUAGUCUAAAGGGUUGAACAUGUUUAUUUUCUUUUUCCCCCUAACUAAAAAUUUCAUUUUGAAAUCUCCUAGUCUAAUGUGAGGGAUUAGACCUUCCCGUGUUUGAUUCGGAUUUCAUGGACCUCGUUUGGGUUAGAGGUGUUAAGAUCUCUACUUGAUCUCCUCAAGCCUCUGCGGUCACUGCAGCAAGAAAUGAAGAAGAGGAAAAACGAAAUCGGGGCUUAUAAUCUUCUAUUCUCAAGUUCAAAUGGUGCGGGACUGGUUUAUUUAUACCAGCCCCGAAUUAUACAACUAGGCCGGUCCCAUAUUAAACCGAACCGGUACGGUUUGUACGAGAGUGGAAAGGUAGGCCCAAACAGUAUGAACCCAAAUAUAAAAAGAAAGUAUUGACGUUGCUUGCAAGAGGGGUUGAGCCUGAGCUGAGAGUUCUUUCAAGAACCUGGCAUUAGAUCAGAAAGUUUGUGAAUACCUAUGAAAUGGAUGUCAAUGUUGACGGGUUCCAUCUCAUUUUGACCGUGUAUCUUCAUAAUGGUUAUAAAAGAAAGUGCUCGAUCUUGUCAGUUGCCUGUCCUUCUUUCAACUCUAAACGUAUGGAAGUAAAUCCUCAAUUUUUGGAUUCAUGAAAGUGAUCAAUUAAAAAUGUGCUACAGAUGCUUCAAAUUGCAUCUUAUAAAAAGAUACUCCUCCAGCUCUUUACCUUAGAGCUCGCCCAUAGUCUAAACUAGUCUGAUCGAAUGUGAUAAUUGGGCUCAGUUGGUGUUGAAUAAAGUUUUGUCAAUAUUUAUCCUGUCAAUGGUAUCCAAAGGAGUUGACUUAGCUCUGGGUCAUUGGAAGGUACGUGUGGCGAUUCUGGGUCAUUGGAUGAAGAUAAGUGUUUUCAUUAGCUCUAUUGGUGUUCAACGCAGUAGUUGAGACGGUCUCACAACAACUGUGCACAAUGAAGCUGCAUUAACUAGAUUUGAGAAUAUUUAUCUCUUUUACUGUGCUAUUUGCUUAUGUCAUUGUGCACAGCAUAAUUGACUGAUGCAAUCAGUUUUCUAGUUAACUCUUUGUGCGUGUUUUGUGACCAUUGUUACAAUAUGUGAAUAUGGAGUGUAGAAAAUGGAUACCUGGGGAACUCCUGAUAGCGUCUAUAUUUAUCUGAAUAUUUGACCGGCAGUUCAUCAAUUUUAUCCUCUGUAUGGAAAAAUGCAGCAUCGAUAUUAUUUUUUCGGGAGAGACGUGUGCUGACUCAUGGAUUGAAAAAGAGGUUAGCCAUCAUUAUGACUACACAAAUCGGUGCAGACAUAUUAAUCUGAUUUCAUGUAUAGAACGUCUUUUUGGCUUGAUUUCUCUAGUUUUCUGAUUGGUAGUUGUCUAACACAUGUACAGAUUGUAGCUUUGAGGGAGGACGGCUGUCCUAGAGUUUGGGUCGUGACUUCUGAUUCAUGUCAGCAGCAAGCAGCACAUGGAGCAGUACGUAGUUGUCUUGCUAGAGGGAAUAAUUUCAUUCAGUAUAAGCUAGGUUGAAACUCUAGCAGUUUCCUUUCGUGUUCGGGUUAAGCUCGACAGUUCGUUGUUGCAACGUAUUAUUUUCAUUCAUGAAAAUAACAUUUUCAAACAGGAGGUUGUUCUCAGACAAAGGUUUUAGCCGUUUCCUCUGCCUUUUCCUCAAGUAAGCAGAGCUUAUUCACAUAUGAGUUUGUGACCUGUGAGGUUUAAUAAGUCUUCUAAAAGUGACCACUGCAAUUUAAAGUUUCCAAUUGCAGUCUAAUAUUACGUAUAAAUUACAUUUCUUAAGUAAGCGCAAUCUUAAUGCCCUGACAUAUUAAGUUGAACUUAUCUUGGGGACCUCAAUAGCUUCCUCGCCGUCUUCAUCACUUGAGUUGUAUUCCUACGUUGACAUUUAGCUCUUCUGCUCUGAUCCAUUAAUGAUUGCUGAACUUUAUAUUUUUAUUUUCCAGGGAGCUUUUGUGUGGAGUUGCAAAGCUUUAGUUUCAGAGGUGAGGAAAAAUGUACUCCUAGUUAUUUUCCUUUUCGUUUAGUUGUUAUUAUUGUCUACCCAUAGAACAUUUCUACUCAUGAUGAAACUAAGAAUUAUCUGGAAUUGAUCUAAUCAUGCAUUUUGUGUUGUGCUGUCCUUUGGUGGUUUUGUUCUUCCCGUGUUAGAUCUCCAAUUCACUUUCCAAAGGUUACAUCUCAAUUUUAUAAUUUCAACGAGUUUAAUCGUUGAUCUACCAUUGCUUCCGAAUAUUGACCAACAUAGUUUUAACCUUGAUGAUUGAUUUUCGUGGUUUGACAAUGAGUCCAGUAAUUCUAAAUCGGAGGAUGGAGCGAAUAUUUCCAAUUACUCUGUUCUUGUGCAGACCGAAAGCUUAAUUUUCCUUGCUUUGGUUCAAAAGUCAGUUCUCAAUAAAACAAUUCUUGUGCAGUGGCUUCUCGAUGCCCAUUUAUGAUUCUUGAUUUCUGAUGAGUUUUCUGCCUACUUUCUAUUAUUCUUCUAAAGGUGGCAUGCCCUAGAUCUCACCAUUUUCUUAAGAUGAUAUAUCAAAUUUUAUAAACCGGUGCCAUUGUUUACCCCAUAUAUCAUGUGAUGUAUUUGAGGCAAAAUGUUCAGAAACGCAUGCCCGCACUGUGGAUUCAUGGGUAUCUGCGUGGUGGCCCUUUUCUGAGGCGUUCAUGUAUUGGAUGAAAUAUUAAAAUAUAUAUAAAAUAUUUUCCUUUAAUAACUCUUAUUCUGAGUAUCUGGUAAUACAAAUAAGUAGAAUUUUUUUAAAAAAUAAAAAUCUAAGGAUUGUUCUCCGACAAUACUUUUGAUAUAUCCGAGGCUUUGUCUUCCCGAACUUCCGUUGUCAGUUCAUUUUCAAUUUGAAGAACCGUGCAUUCAUCCAAACUCAGAAACAUAGCGUCCAAUAGUCUUCUCAGAUCAAUGUGUUUCCUUUGUCAGACUAAUGCUCGUUUUUCAAGAACUAUCAUUCUCCUUUUCCUGAUUUUUAAAUAAUUGUAGAGAGCUUUUUUGACGCCUCUUCAGAAGAUUUUCAGAAUUUUACUUGUUGCUCUUGUUCCAUGAAUUGAGAUUUCAAACGCUGUUGGUACGUACAAUUUAUUCACUACAUUUUUCAACACUAAUUGGGAGCCUUUUUCUGCAUUUUCCGUCGCUCCUCAUCCCUUUCACCCUCAUGAUAAUGAAGAGAAACAAGCAAGGAAGACAGGGCGACUGCAGCAUUAUUUUUUUUGGUUCCAGAGAAAGAGAGGCGCAUCAAUGUUUUCUUUUGCUCGCCACUGAGUCCCGCUAGUUUUAUUCUUUUGUAGAUAAAGGCUACAGAAAGAGAAUUUGAGCAGAUUCUUCAGGACAACAGGUUUAAUUCUUUUUAAAUGAUAUUUCAGAAAUUUCUCUUUUAAUACUUUUGCCAGUGAUUUCUUCAAACUGCCCACUACAUUGCAAAAGGUCUUGUUCCAUGGCUGUAUGCCCAAAAAUAGUUACUCCAACUAAUCAGUAGCCUUCCAAGCUCCUACAACAUUUCCCAGUCCAGUUUCUUUCUAUGGAUCCUCCCAUUCGAGCUGAGAAGUUUCAGAUUGCUAUUGAGUCUGAGAAAUCUACGUGGGUGCUUUCUCUUGCCCUUUGAAAUACUCAAGAAAUUUUCACAGCCAGAUUUCCCAUUCUGGCAAUGCCUACCCUAUCCAUAUGAAUAGAACUUGCUUUCAGCUGUGAGAGACUUUAUCGGUGGCUACCCAUAUCGGUCCAGCCAGACUCCGACCAGAUAUAUUUGACCGAGUUCAUCUUCCAAGUUGUUGGGAUUACUAUGCCGGCCUUACUCUUGUGUGGACAUCUUGUUCUCUCGUCUUCUCUAGGAAACUAAGCACCAGUUCAUCCCUGGGGCUUGCAGGUCGACAUCCAUGCAGGGAAAGCUGCUCCAGCACAACCUGGAGCCUGAAGUAGUUCAUGCACUCAAGGACCUCAAAAGGAAGCUCUCGGAAGGGGAGUCCUCAUGA